UAGUUCAUUUCUCUCUCCCUCGCAUUUAUCGCUUUCCUAGAUAUCUUUUUCUUACAUAUCCAAAAAUGGACCCUUCUUUGUCUUCAAUAUCCCUAGCCCCUCCUCCCCCGCCCAUCGUUCCCGUCAUAGCCACCUCCCAAACGACGACGAUCGCCGGCGGUCUUCCACCGAGUUUCAGCCACCCUCCUUACUCCGACAUGAUAUGCGAGGCCAUCGGGGCUUUGAAAGAGAGCGACGGAUCUAGCAAAAAGGCCAUAGCUUCUGAUGUUUCAACCGGACCCAAACGAGGCCGCGGUCGUCCUCCUAAGCCCAAGGCAGCCGACUUCAACCCUCAGCAGCAGGCAGUUCCGUUUUCCGAUGUGCCUAAAAGGCCCCCCGGAAGGCCCAGAAAGAGUGGACCCGUGGGCCAAAUUGGGGUUAUUCGGAGUCAGGGCCGUGGUCGCCCGCCGAAAAGUGGGCAUAAAAAGAGUCCUGGUCGACCGAAGAAACCGAAGACGGUGAGGUCUGUGGUUGGAGCUAGUGCUAUGAAAAGAGGCCGUGGACGGCCGCCUAAGGCCUCGAUCCAGUUACCUGCACAGGCGGUCAUACCGAACUAUGGUCAACCCGUGGCGGUUCCUUAUGCUGAUUCUGCAGCUGUAACUGCUGAUGUUGGUGUUCCGAGUCCCAGAGGAAGGCCAAAGGGCACUGCUCGAGCUGCUGCCGUCGUGUCCCUUGGAAAACGGAGAGGUCGACCACCCAAGAUUGCUGGAGUCACCGUUAAGCCCAUGAAAACAACCGGAAAGCCCGUUGGCCGCCCUAAGAAGACGACUGAAGGAUCCGAAUCCGAAUCGAAGGCUUUAGCAGCAGCAUAUGAAGACUUUAAGAAAAAACUCGAAUUCUUUCAAUCGAAAGUGAAACAAGCAGUCGAAGCACUAAAGCCUCAGUUCACUAAUGGAAGCAACAGCAGUGCCAUUGAUGCAAUCCUGGAGUUAGAAGGACUUGCAGCGAUGGACAUUGGAAGCACACCGUCGAAAGCGGCCGAUGCUCAACUGCCGCCGCCUCCACCACUGGCGGCAGGACAACCACCGGUAGAGCAUGAUGAAGGGCGAGUGCUUUAAUCCUUUAUUUUCAUGAAUGCUUAGCAAAGACCUGUAGAAAUUAUUCUGACCUAGUGGAGGAAAAUGUUUCUGUAAAACAAAAUAAGUUAGGUCUAAUUUGUUGCAUGCUUUUGAUUCCCUCAGUUCUCUGUACUGAUUCCAUCGGCAUUGACAUAAUGGCAGCUGUUAUUUAUA